UGAUAAACACUAGUCGAACACAACAAUUUGCAUGCAUUUAGUCAAGGCGAAUGUAUACAUUUAUAUUACAUACAUUUAGUAAAAAUGCAAAACGAAUUAAUUAAAAUCAGACGUUUUCUUAAGGAGCGCCUGCAGCGAGAUUAUACAACAUUGCAUGGUCAUAAAACUGAUCGUGAAAACGUGAGGCAGUUGCUCCAGCGUACUGUGGAACUUGGCGAGUCAAAUUCCCUAUUGCUUAUUGGUCCCAGAGGAUCAGGGAAAACAACUUUGAUUAAUGCAGUGCUUGCUGACCUGGUGCCAACAGCGGAUUUUCAACAAAAUACAAUUCUGGUGCAUCUAAAUGGGAAUCUACACACAGAUGACAAGUUGGCACUUAAAUCGAUCACCGUACAAAUGCACCUGGAAAAUGCAGCAAAUGGAAAGGCUUUUGGUUCAUUCGCCGAAAAUUUAGCGUUUCUCUUGGCAUGCCUAAAAUCGGGGAAUAAACGUUCGAAAAGUGUUAUUUUUAUAUUGGAAGAGUUCGAUCUUUUCUGCGCGUAUCACAACCAAACACUGCUGUACAAUUUGUUUGACGUUUCACAGUCGGCCCAAGCACCGAUUUGUGUACUAGGAGCAACAUGUCGGCUAGAUGUUAUCGAAUUGCUGGAGAAGCGUGUGAAGUCUCGGUUCUCUCACAGGCAAAUUUUUCUUUUCCCAACUGCUGAUACAUUUGAAACGUAUCUGGACCUCUUUGAAGCAUUGCUAAGCAUACCAAACGAAAAGGAUAUGAAGCAGAUAGCAGAACGCGUUUCACAUCUAAAAAUGCUAAAUUCAGAAGAGUUAGUAAUUCAUCGCAAUCACUUCGACCCUGCCAAGUACAAGUUCAACAAAAAAUUCAUGGAAAAUUGGAACAACAGCAUAGCUGUUUUGAUAGAUGAUCCCAAAUCUGCAGCGAUGAUUUCAUUGCGAUCAUAUUAUGACACUGAUAAGAGCGAAUCAUUUUUAAAAACGCUUUUGUUUCGUCUUGUAGCCCAAUUAGAUCCAGAUUCACAACCUCAUAUAACAUCAGAACAGAUGUGCGAAGUUAUAUCCUCGUAUACAGUUGACCCGAGAGUAGAAGUGCUCUGUGGACUUUCCGUUCUUGAACUAUGUCUUGUGAUUGCCAUCAAACACCAUUCAGAGAUAUACGAUCGUGACCCAUUCAAUUUCGAAAUAGUAUUCGCUCGCUUAGGAAAGUUUGCUAAAGUCUCAACAACUAUGCAGGGCAUAGAACGUGCUGUUUCCUUGAAAGCAUUUGAACGCCUACGACAUAUGGAAGUAAUAUUGCCGAUUUCUAGCGUUGCGGGCAAAAUACAAAAAGAUUUCGAAAUGCAUCGCCUUGCACUAACUUAUGGUCAAAUCAACGAUGCCGUUCACAAGUAUCAAGCACUGCCCACAGAAGUUGCACAAUGGGCACAUAGCUCCAUAUUAUGAUGCGGUUCAAAUUAAUAUUAUUAUAAGAUAGAUUUCUUCCAUUCUACUGGAUGUUUACGGCCAACGCGGCAGAAAUGUGAGCACUUGUUGCUGCCGCACUUCUUGCAUUCAUACCAACAACCAGGACAAUUGGCAUAUGGGCAAUCACAUGGAUCAACCUCUUUGUCCUUUGGUGCU